AUGCAAGCCUGUCCAUUAUCUAUCUAUCUAUCUAUCUAUCUAUCUAUCUAUACUAAAACCCAAUUAAGAAGAAAUGUAAACACGACCGACUGUUUCAUCGAAGACGGCAUAUUUGUGAUGGACCCGAAAAAACUGUGGUUAAACUACAGGAAAUCUUUUAAAUUCAGAAUCGAUGUCUUGAGUAUAUUUCCAACUGAUAUCUUAUACCUCGCGCUUGGCGUUGGAGCCGCCAUACUGCGUGUCAACAGAAUGUUACGGAUUUACAGAAUGCGCCAAUUCUUUGACAUUCUCGAAACACGGACGUCAUUCCCAAAUCUCGUCCGUAUCAUUCAUCUUCUCGUUUACGUCAUGUUGAUCAUUCAUUGGAACGCGUGUAUCUAUUAUGCCAUUAGCAGAUGGUUGGGUCUCGGCUCAGACACUUGGGUCUACCCAAACGAGAUGGUCAAUUUCGCCCUUCUGCCCAGCGAUCACAUCUAUCAAUCAACUCUACAUGAAUAUGUAGUCACAUUAUAUUGGUCGGUGCUGACGCUGACCACAAUCGGCGAUACAGAACCGCCAGUGCAGACCGUUUCUUUCAUCUAUGUUAUAAUCUGCUGUAUGGUUGGUGUGCUUAUCUUCGCUUCUAUCUUCGGUAACGUCGGAGCGAUGAUCAACAAUGCCAACGUAGUUCGAGAUGAGUUUCGUCAGCGAAUGGACGACGUGAAGCAAUAUAUGGUAGCGCGCCGAGUGUGUAAAGAAUUGCAAGACCGGGUCAUCAAUUGGUUUAAUUAUACUUGGCAGACGCGCCAGACGCUGGAUGAGACGCGAGCCUUAACCUGUUUACCAUACAAUCUGCAGGGCGCAAUAGCUAUGCAGGUUCACUUGGAAACACUAAAAAAAGUGCGUCUCUUUCAGGACUGCAACAAACACGGCAACAAAAGAACGGCCAACGUUCGCAGUGUCGGCUUCACUGACCUCUUCUCUCUGUCAAAGAGUGACUUGUUACAAGCGUUAGAGGUUUAUCCAGACGCAAAGAAUAUUCUGAUUGAGAGAGCCAGCGAGAUUUUGCGUAAGGACGGCGCCCUGGACGACGAACUGGCGAACAAAGCAGCUAUGGAAAGCACAGAUGCGAAGAUCAACGCCACUUGGCAGAUGGUAACCAAACUAAAAAUGAAGGUCGAUAAGAACAGGCAGUAUCAAUUGAUGAUCGAAGAGAAGCUCACUGAGAGAAUAAAUUCCGUGAUAGACAUGUUAGAAGACAUACGAAAUAUAAUGAUGGUUGGCCUUAAUGUUGAAAUUGACAAUUCCGCUAGUGACACAACUGGGCCAAUGUGA